AUGCUCCGUGGAUUGGCUCUGGACUUGCUCAGCGUUUCCUUACGGAGACCAUCCUACCUCAAGGCCUGUCCAAGGCGAGAUACUUUUGCUGCAACCUGGACUACCCGUGGGUUUCACCGGUCAAUACCGGCCAGACACGGAGGAAUUGAUAGACCAAAACCCGGAACGGGUGUCCUUAUCGACUUUAAAGAUUCUAAAGGGACGUUAAUCAAAACUGUUGAGGCUAAUGAAGGGGACGACAUCCUCUCUAUCGCGCAUGAGUACGAUAUUGACCUGGAAGGCGCGUGCGAGGGCUCAAUAGCGUGCUCGACGUGUCAUGUCAUACUAGAGCAGGAGGUGUUCGACCAGCUGGAAGAACCGGGGGAUGACGAAAAUGAUAUGCUGGAUAUGGCGUUUGGCUUGACGGAGACGAGUCGGCUGGGAUGCCAGGUGAAGGUGACAAAGGAUAUACAGGAUGGGAGGUGGGAGGUUAGGCUCCCUGCGGCGACGAGGAAUAUGUUUGUUGACGGGAAAAAAGCAUCACAUUGA